AUGCAACCAAUGAGAUGGCCAAAGAUCUGGAACAGAGGAAGAGAAGAAGAAGAGACAGAGAACGAAAAUGGAAAGGGAGAGCGAAAGGUUGAAAUGGAGACUAUUGAGGUAAUUAUUAAAAAGUGGUCCCUUCUGACCUACUCUAGUGCUGGCACCUGUGGGGCCACAUGGCACUAUGGAGUACUUUUAUCUCAGUGGCUCUACGCUGCCCCCAAGUAUUCUUUGAUCCAUGAACCAUUCCAACAUGGCACCUUGGCAUGCUGGUCCCUAGAGUUACUUCCGGCACGCAGAAUUGAGGGUACAGUUGAUAUUUCUGUCAUUACCAAUGGAAUUCAAGCCACAUCAAAGGAUAGUUUUAGUUACAGCUGCUUGCAAACACCAGUUGUCACUGACUUCAGCCCAAAAGAACGGACAAUUCUGGGAAAUGUCAAUUUAACAAUUAAGGGUUAUAACUUUGGAAAUGAACUCACACAAAAUAUGGUGUAUGUUGGAAGAAAACACUGCCAGGUUCUUCACUCGAACUUCACAGACAUCACAUGCCUUCUGCCCACGUUGCCUCCAGGAAAACAUGAGAUCUAUGUCAAAGUCAGAAACUGGGGUUUGGCAUCAACAAGGAACAAGUUAAAUGCUUCCAUACUAUACAUUUUGGAAGUCACCCACAUGUUUCCCCAGAGAGGCUCUUUGUAUGGUGGCACUGAAAUCACUCUAAUGGGUUCUGGAUUCAGCACAAUACCAACUGAGAAUUCUGUUCUCUUAGGCUCCUUCCCAUGCGACAUUACAUCAUCAUCAGAAAAUGUCAUCAAAUGCACUCUCCAUUCAACAGGGGCUGUAUUCAGAAUUACCAACAACGGUUCACAUUUAGUGCAUGGACUAGGUUAUGCCUGGUCACCAUCGGUCUUAAAUGUGACUGUGGGCGAUACUGUGGUGUGGUACUGGCGAGCACACUCCUUUCUUAGGGGUAUAGGGUACAGAAUUUUCUCAGUCUCCAGUCCCGGAAGUGUUACUUAUGAUGGCAAAGGAUUUACAAAUGGAAUACAAAAAUCUGCAUCAGGCUCAUUUUCUUACCAGUUUACUUCUCCUGGAGUCCAUUACUACAGCAGCGGGUAUGUUGAUGAGACUCACUCCAUAUCUCUCCAAGGAGUCAUUAACGUUUUUCCAGCUGAAACCAGGCACAUUCCCCUGCACCUGUUUGUGGGAAACAUUGAAGCGACAUAUGUUCCAACAGGUCCUGUGCAUUUACCCUUGGCAAGUACUGCAUCAGGCUGCCUAGCAACAGAACCCCUGUGUGGCCUGAAUGAUACAAGGGUUAAACAUUCAAAUAAAUUAUUCUUCGAGCUUUCAAAUUGCGUUUCACCCUCUAUAAUCAACAUUACUCCCUCUACCGGAACAGCAAAUGAACUCAUAACUAUCACUGGACAUGGCUUCAGUAAUCUUACAUGUGCUAAUAAGGUUACAAUUGGUAGCUACCCUUGUGUUGUAGAGGAAAGUAAUGAAAAUUCUAUUAUGUGUCAUAUUGACCCUCAAAACUCAAUGGAUGUUGGCAUUAGAGAAAUUGUUACUUUGAUUGUCUACAACCUAGGCACUGCUAUCAACACACAGCCCAAUGAAUUUGACAGGCGGUUUGUACUUUUGCCAAACAUAGAUAUGGUGAUGCCAAAAGCAGGGUCAACUACAGGAUUGACAAGAGUGACCAUUCAGGGUUCUGGAUUUAUGGCUUCUUCUGCAGGUGUAGAAGUCUUUAUGGGUGAUUUCCCAUGUAAAGUUCUAAAUGUGACCUACACAGCUAUUGAAUGUGAAACAUCUCCUGCUCCCCAUCAGCUUGUUCUUGUAGACCUUCUAAUACAUGGAGUGCCUGCCCAAUGUCAGGGCAACUGCAGCUUUUCAUAUUUAGAAAACAUUGCUCCUCAUGUAACAGGAGUCUUUCCAAACUCAAUCCAAGGAUCUGGAAAUGUCCUUAUCACAGGAGAGGGUUUUGGAACAGUGUUGGAAGAGAUUUCUAUAUUUAUUGGAAGUCAACAGUUCAGAGUACUAGAUGUUAAUGAAAAUAAUAUUACUGUUCUCAUGACUCCACUAGCAGCUGGACUUCAUUCUCUCAGUGUUGUUGUUGGGUCUAAGGGCUUGGCUCUGGGAAAUCUAAGUGUUAGCAGCCCUGCAGUAGCGUCUGUCUCACCAACCUCUGGAAGCAUUGCUGGUGGAACGACUUUGAUGAUCACAGGAAAUGGCUUUUCUCCUGGAAACACCACGGUUACUGUUGGGGAUCAGCCUUGUCAAAUUAUGUUCAUCAACUCCAGUGAGGUCCACUGCAGCACCCCAGCUGGGAGAGCCGGUACAGCCAAUUUGAAGAUCGAUGUCAAUACAGUCAUUUACCCACCUUUGUCAUUUACAUAUGCCAUGGAGGAUACUCCAUUUCUCAAAAGUAUCAUCCCAAACUCAGGUCCUCCGGGAACUGAAGUUGAAAUAACUGGGUCUAAUCUUGGAUUUGCUGUCUCUGAUGUUUUAGUGAUGAUAAAAGAGAGUGUGUGUAACGUGACCACUGUCAAUGACACUGUGCUACAGUGCAUUGUGGGAGAAUAUGCAGGGGGCAUUUUCCCUGUGACAAUGCUUCAUAAGACAAAAGGCUCUGCCAUCUCUUCUGUUGUAUUUGAGUACCCGCUUUCUAUUCAGAAUAUUUCUCCAAGAAAAGGGAGCUUUGGUGGUGGGCAAACCUUAACUGUAACAGGCAUGGGAUUUGAUCCUUGGAAUUCAACUAUAUUGGUCUGUGGCUCUGAAUGUGCAGUUGACAAACUUUUAUCUAACUCUACAACAUUGUUUUGUGAGAUUCCACCUAAUAACGACAAGGGACCUGAUCAAGCCUGUGGAGUGAGUGUGGUCAACGGGAAAGACUCAUCUCAAUCUGUGACGCUAUUUACAUACACGCUGUCCCUGACUCCACUCAUCACUGAAGUGUCUCCCAGAAGAGGCAGCACUGCCGGGGGCACCCGGCUUACAGUCAGAGGAUCUGGAUUCAGCGAAAACACAGAGAAUGUUCAAGUCACCAUAGCCAACAGCAAAUGCGACGUCCAAUAUUCCAACAAGACAUAUAUCAUCUGCCUGACAAGUGCUCAUGCUCCUUCAGGAUGGGCUCCAGUUCUCGUCAACAUCAAAAACAUUGGCAUGGCCAAAUUGGAGACUGCUGACUUCUUAUAUGCCGAUGUUUGGUCUGCCAACUCCUCAUGGGGAGGAAAACUGCCACCAGAGGAAGGGUCAUUUGCUGUUAUUACAAAAGGACAGAUAAUUCUGCUGGACCAAAGUACUCCUAUUCUGAAAAUGUUACUCAUUCAAGGUGGGACUCUAAUAUUUGAUGAAGCUGAUAUAGAACUCCAGGCAGAAAAUAUACUAAUCACAGACGGGGGAGUUCUUCAGAUCGGGACAGAAGCAUUUCCAUUCCAACACCAAGCUGUCAUUACUCUUCAUGGGCAUCUUAGAUCUCCUGAGCUGCCUGUGUAUGGCGCUAAGACAUUGGCCGUGCGAGAGGGCACGCUGGAUCUUCACGGUCUGCCUAUUCCUGUGGUCUGGACUCGCUUGGCUCACACUGCAAAUGCAGGAGAAUGGACUUUAACUGUACAAGAAGCGGUGACAUGGAAGACAGGAGAUAGCAUUGUGAUCGUGAGCACAGGACACAAACGCAGUCAAGGAGAAAAUGAGAAACGGACCAUUGCAUCUGUGUCUGCUGAUGGAACGCACAUAACUCUAACUAGGCCACUAAACUACACACACUUGGGAAUUACCACCACACUCCCUGAUGGAACUGUGUUUGAAGCCAGGGCAGAGGUUGGAAUUCUUACAAGAAAUAUCUUAAUAAGAGGGUCUGAAAAUAUGGAGUGGAAUGACAAGAUUCCAUCAUGCCCCGAUGGAUUUGACACAGGAGAAUUUGCUACACAAACAUGCCUUCAAGGAAAGUUUGGAGAAGAAAUGGGAAGUGAUCAGUUUGGAGGCUGUAUUAUGUUGCAUGCCCCUUUACCUGGGGCUGACAUGGUAACUGGAAGAAUAGAAUAUGUAGAGGUGUUCCACGCUGGCCAAUCUUUCCGUUUGGGACGAUACCCAAUACAUUGGCACCUGCUUGGAGAUUUACGGUUCAAAUCGUAUGUGAGAGGCUGUGCAAUUCAUCAAGCAUACAACAGAGCUGUUACAAUCCACAAUACACAUCACCUUCUUGUGGAGAGGAAUAUUAUAUAUGAUAUAAAGGGAGGGGCAUUUUUCAUAGAAGAUGGUAUUGAAUAUGGCAACAUUCUACAAUACAAUCUGGCAGUGUUUGUACAGCAAAGUACCAGUCUAUUAAAUGAUGAUGUGACCCCAGCUGCAUUUUGGGUAACCAACCCUAACAACACCAUACGACACAAUGUGGCUGCUGGUGGCACUCACUUUGGCUUUUGGUACAGAAUGAAUGACCACCCCGAUGGCCCAUCUUUCAACCGAAACAUUUGCCAAAAACGAAUUCCACUUGGAGAAUUCUAUAACAAUACUGUUCAUUCUCAGGGGUGGUUUGGACUGUGGAUUUUUGAAGAGUAUUUUCCCAUGCAAACAGGAUCUUGUACUUCUACAGUGCCGGUGCCUGCUGUCUUUAAUUCACUCACUGUCUGGAACUGUCAAAAAGGAGCUGAAUGGGUCAAUGGAGGGGCCCUGCAGUUCCACAACUUUGUGAUGGUGAACAACUAUGAGGCUGGAAUUGAGACCAAGAGAAUCCUGGCUCCCUAUGUUGGGGGGUGGGGGGAAAGCAAUGGAGCUGUGAUUAAAAAUGCCAAAAUCGUUGGUCAUCUUGAUGAGCUGGGAAUGGGAUCCACAUUUUGCACCUCAAAAGGCCUGGUUCUCCCCUUUAGUCAAGGCCUGACUGUGUCAUCUGUACACUUUAUGAAUUUUGACCGCCAUGCCUGUGUGGCUUUAGGAGUGACGUCAAUCACUGGGGUGUGUAAUGACAGAUGUGGAGGCUGGAGUGCCAAGUUUGCUGACAUCCAGUAUUUUCAUGCACCGAAUAAGGCAGGCUUUCGAUGGGAGCACGAAGCGGUACUGAUUGAUGUUGAUGGAUCGCUAACAGGGCACAGAGGCCACACUGUCAUUCCACACAGCCCCUUACUGGACCCUUCACACUGCACUCAAGAGGCUGCAUGGAGCAUUGGCUUUCCUGGCUCCGUCUGCGACGCCUCUGUCAGUUUCCACCGUUUAGCAUUCAACAAGCCGUCUCCAGUAUCUCUACUUGAAAAAGAUGUGGUUCUCUCAGACUCUUUUGGCACUAGCAUCGUUCCCUUUCAGAAGAAACGACUGACCCAUAUGUCAGGGUGGAUGGCUCUGAUUCCAAACGCAAAUCACAUAAAUUGGUAUUUUAAAGGGGUGGAGCACUUAACCAACAUAUCAUACACUUCCACAUUCUAUGGAUUUAAGGAAGAAGACUAUGUAAUUAUAUCACAUAACUUCACUCAAAAUCCUGAUAUGUUUAAUGUUGUUGAUAUGAGGAAUGGCUCUUCAAACCCACUGAAUUGGAAUUCUAGCAAGAAUGGUGACUGGCAUCUCGAAGCAAACACCAGCACUCUCUAUUACUUGGUGUCAGGGAGAAGCGACCUUCCUCAGAGUCAGCCCAUCUCUGGGACCCUAGAUCCUGAUGUAAAGGAUGUGAUUAUUAAUUUCCAAGCUUACUGCUGUGUUCUCCAAGACUGCUUUCCAGUUCAUCCACCAUCAAAAAAACCAAUUCCCAGGAAACGGCCAGCCACUUACAAUUUAUGGUCAAAUGAGUCCUUUUGGCAAUCAUCCCCAGAGAACAACUAUACUGUACCUCAUCCAGGAGCAAAUGUGAUUAUUCCUGAAGGAACAUGGAUUGUAGCUGACAUGGAUAUACCUCCAAUGGAAAAACUUAUUAUUUGGGGAGUUCUAGAAAUGGAAGAUAAAUCUGAGGUGGGAGCUGCAGGCCCUGCUUAUAGAAAAGUUGUUUUAAAUGCCACCUACAUAUCAGUGCAGGGAGGGAGAUUAAUUGGUGGCUGGGAAGAUAACCCUUUUAAAGGAGAAUUACAGAUUGUUCUUCGAGGAAAUCAUUCUACCCCAGAAUGGGCUCUUCCAGAUGGACUAAAUCAAGGGGCAAAGGUCUUAGGAGUGUUUGGUGAGCUGGACCUGCAUGGACUUCCACAUUCAGUUUAUAAAACUAAACUGUUGGAAACUGCAGAAGUAGGCUCCAAAAUCUUAUCUUUGGUGGAUGCUGUGGAUUGGCAGGAGGGAGAAGAUAUUGUGAUAACGACUACGAGCUAUGAUUUACAUCAGACGGAGAUCAGAAGGAUUGCUAAAGUCCUACAUGGGCGCAAAGUUCUCAUCCUCAAUGAUAGCCUUUCCUACACGCACCUUGCUGAAAGACAGUGGAUCCCUGAAACAAGUCAGAGCUACACGUUAUCAGCUGAUGUUGGGAUACUGAGUAGGAACAUCAAAAUAGUUGGUGAAGAUUACUCAGUUUGGUCCAAGGACUCUUUUGGUGCACGGAUCCUAGUUGGCUCAUUCACUGGAAACAUGAUGACAUUUAAGGGAAAUGCAAGAAUCAGUAAUGUGGAAUUUUAUCACAGUGGUCAAGAAGGCUACAGAGAUAGUACAGAUCCAAGAUAUGCUGUGACAUUUCUUAACCUGGGACAGAUCCAAGAUCACGGCUUGUCUUACGUUCGAGGCUGUGCAUUUCACCAUGGCUUCUCCCCAGCAAUUGGUGUGUUUGGGACCGAUGGGGUGGACAUAGAUGACAACAUCAUCUACUUUACCGUAGGAGAAGGUAUAAGAAUAUGGGGGGAUGCCAACAGAGUACGUGGGAAUUUGGUCACCCUUUCAGUUUGGCCAGGAACCUACCAGAACAGAAAAGACUUGAGUUCGACACUUUGGCACGCAGCAAUUGAGAUAAACAGAGGGACCAAUACAGUCUUACAAAACAACAUAGUUGCUGGAUUUGGAAGAGUAGGAUACCGCAUUGAUGGUGAACCAUGCUCGAGUCAGGCUAAUCCCAUGGAAAACUGGUUUAACAAUGAAGCCCAUGGGGGUUUGUAUGGCAUCUACAUGAACCAAGAUGGCCUUCCUGGUUGUUCCCUUAUACAAGGAUUUACCAUUUGGGCAUGCUGGGAUUAUGGAAUUUAUUUUCAGACCAUGGAGAGUGUGCACAUCUACAACGUGACCCUAGUAAACAACGGGAUGGCCAUCUUUUCAAUGAUCUACAUGCCAUCUUCUGUGUCCCACAAAGUUUCCAGUAAAACAGUAAGAAUUAAGAACUCAUUAAUUGUUGGAAGUAGCCCUGAGUUUAACUGCUCUGACAUCUUAACUAAUGACAGUCCUGAUGUAGAACUCACUUCUGCACAUCGAAGUUCUAGGCCCCCAUCAGGUGGAAGAAGUGGGAUUUGCUGGCCAACAUUUGCUUCAGCUCAUAACAUGGCACCGCGAAAGCCUCAUGCUGGGAUCAUGAGUUACAAUGCCAUCAGUGGCCUUUUGGAUGUCUCAGGUUCAACUUUUGUUGGAUUUAAGGAUGUUUGUUCAGGAGAAACUAAUGUGAUAUUCAUUACUAAUCCUUUAAAUGAAGAUUUACAGCAUCCAAUCCAUGUGAAGAAUGUACAACUUGUUGACACUAUUGAACAAUCCAAAGUGUUUAUACACAGACCUGAUAUAAGUAAAGUGAACCCAUCUGAUUGUGUGGACAUGGUUUGUGAUGCCAAGAGAAAAUCUUUUCUGAGAGACCUAGAUGGUUCCUUUCUGGGGAAUUCUGGGUCAGUGAUCCCCCAAGCAGAGUAUGAGUGGGAUGGAAAUAGUCAACUUGGAAUCGGAGACUACAGAAUUCCCAAAGCAAUGCUCACAUUCUUGAAUGGAAGUAGAAUUCCUGUCACUGAGAAAGCACCUCAUAAAGGGAUUCUUAGAGACGCAACCUGUAAGUACAUCCCAGAGUGGCAGAGUUAUCAGUGUUCGGGAAUGGAAUAUGCAAUGAUGGUAAUAGAAAGCCUGGACUCUGACACAGAGACACGAAGACUUUCCCCCGUGGCUAUCAUGAGCAAUGGUUAUGUUGAUCUCAUUAAUGGCCCCCAGGACCAUGGCUGGUGUGCAGGGUAUACGUGCCAAAGAAGACUGUCUCUGUUCCAUGGCAUAGUGGCUCUGAACAAAACAUAUGAGGUUUACUUCACCGGGACCAGUCCUCAGAAUCUACGGCUGAUGUUGCUUAAUGUUGAAUUUAAUAAGGUGGUUCUAGUAGGAAUAUUUUUUUCCACACUUCAACGUUUGGAUGUCUAUGUGAACAAUUCCUUGGUCUGUCCUAAAAAUACAGUAUGGAAUGACCAAAAGAAACACUGUGAACUUGAAAGGCAUCUGAACACAGAACAAUUUCUUCCUAACUUGGGUUCCACUGUCCCUGGUGAAAACUACUUUGAUAGAACCUACCAGAUGCUGUACCUUUUGUUGAGAGGAACUACACCUGUAGAGGUCCACACUGCUACUGUCAUCUAUGUAUCUUUCCAACUGCCAGCUAUGACAGCUGAUGAGUUUUUCAGCUCAAACAAUCUGGUUAGAAAUCUUGCCUUGUUCCUAAAAAUACCGAGUGACAAAAUCCGUGUCAGCAGAAUAAUAGAAGCGAGUCUGCGAAGGAAGAGAUCCACAGGCCGCACAAUGGAAGUUGAGAUUGGGGCUGCUCCUACUCGGUUCUUAAGCAAUUCUACCACAGGUCAAAUGCAAUUGUCUGAGCUCCAGGAAAUCACUGGCUCUCUUGGACAAGCUGUCAUCUUAGGAAAAAUCAGUACUAUCCUUGGAUUCAAUAUUUCUUCCAUGUCGAUUACAAGUCCCAUCCCCCAACCAACUGAUUCUGGCUGGAUUAAGGUGACUGCCCAGCCAGUUGAAAGGUCUGCAUUUCCUGUUCAUUACCUGGCCCUUGUGUCUUCACUCUCAGUGGUUGCUCAGCCAGUGGCAACACAACCAGGACAGCCAUUCUCUCAGCAGCCCUCAGUAAAGGCAGUAGAUCCUGAGGGCAACUGUGUAUCAGUUGGAAUUACGUCACUUACUUUGAAGGCUAUCCUAAAAGACUCCAAUAACAACCAAGUUGGUGGCCUUAGUGGAAAUACAACAAUUCCAUUUAGCACCUGUUGGGCCAACUAUACAGACCUCACUCCUCACAGAACAGGAAAAAAUUAUAAAAUUGAGUUUCUCCUGGAUAAUAGUGUUCGUGUGGAAUCUAGACCCUUCAGCCUGUCAGCACAGACUGUCCCUGGUGGCAGUGGAAGUAGCACCAGCAGUGGCAGCAGCAGCAGUGGCCACAGCAAAGCGUCCUCUGUGGGGACACCUGUCCAGACACUGGCUAUCGUUACAGGGUGUCUCGUGGGAAGACUAUUGCUCUUAGUAUUUAUUGCUACAGUUUUCAUUUCGAAGCCAACCAUAGCAUAUAGUGAUAAUGGUCAUGGGCUUCAGACCCAGAACAAGCAGCUGAGAUGCCUAUUUAACAUCUCAAGGCAGACCUGGUCCCCAGGUUCUCCCAGCUUCCCUUCCUGUGACAGUGCACAGAUCACAUACCCAACCUUCUACUCUGAACUUUCCAACCCAAAGGCCGGUCUUCCUCUCCCUCAGAGACACGUUCCUAAAUAA